UCGCCGCGGGGUUUAUUUGGCUACGGGUCCCUCGGCCGCCGCCAUUAGGGGUCCGCAGCGCCCGUGGCCGCCUCCCACACCUCACUGCCCCCGCCCCCCGGGGCUCCCCAGCCUCCGCGCCUCCUCUCCGCCCCUCUCCCCCGGCCUCCGGCAGCCGGGAGCAGCGCGCGGACCCUCGGAGACCAUGUCCUGACUGAGGGGAGAGGGCGGAGGCGGCAGCAGCGGAGCGGGCGGCGGCGCGGAGGGAGGCGGAGAGGGGCCGGGCUCGACUCGUCGCCGCGGGCUGCGCGGGGAGUCGCCGCCGCCGCCGCUGCCGCCGCCGCCGCCAAGCGCCCGUCGGACGGGGAGGAGGAGCAGGAGCUGGAGGAGGAGCCGCCGCCGCCCCCAGGAAUAGCUAUUCACAGUCAGACAGAACCACUUAUCACGUUUUGCAGUAUCUCCUGAGGAAGUCAGAAUCUGAGCCAGCAUGAAGACGGAAUCUUGUCUUUGAUCUGAUUUGCAAACCGUACUUUUAUUCUAAUCAUGUGCAAGGUGGAGGUUAUAGCGUGGGAACUAAAAUCUUACUUCCUGCCUGACACAGCUCACUUCAAGAAGUGCACAAUGUCAGAACGUGGAAUUAAGUGGGCUUGUGAAUAUUGUACGUACGAAAACUGGCCAUCUGCAAUCAAGUGUACCAUGUGUCGUGCCCAAAGACCUAGUGGAACAAUUAUUACAGAAGAUCCAUUUAAAAGUGGUUCAAGUGAUGUUGGUAGAGAUUGGGAUCCUUCCAGCACCGAAGGAGGAAGUAGUCCUUUGAUAUGUCCAGACUCUAGUGCAAGACCAAGGGUGAAAUCUUCAUAUAGCAUGGAAAAUGCAAAUAAGUGGUCAUGCCACAUGUGUACAUAUUUGAACUGGCCAAGAGCAAUCAGAUGUACCCAGUGCUUAUCCCAACGUAGGACCAGGAGUCCUACAGAAUCUCCUCAGUCCUCAGGAUGUGGCUCAAGACCAGUUGCUUUUUCUGUUGAUCCUUGUGAGGAAUACAAUGAUAGAAAUAAACUGAACACUAGGACACAGCACUGGAUUUGCUCUGUUUGCACAUAUGAAAACUGGGCCAAGGCUAAAAGAUGUGUUGUUUGUGAUCAUCCCAGACCUAAUAACAUUGAAGCAAUAGAAUUGGCAGAGACUGAAGAGGCUUCUUCAAUAAUAAACGAGCAAGACAGAGCUCGAUGGAGGGGAAGUUGCAGUAGUGGUAAUAGCCAAAGGAGAUCACCUCCUGCUACGAAGCGGGACUCUGAAGUGAAAAUGGAUUUUCAGAGGAUUGAAUUGGCUGGUGCUGUGGGCAGCAAGGAGGAACUUGAAGUAGACUUUAAAAAACUAAAGCAAAUUAAAAACAGGAUGAAAAAGACUGAUUGGCUCUUCCUCAAUGCUUGUGUGGGGGUUGUAGAAGGUGAUUUAGCUGCCAUAGAAGCAUACAAGUCAUCAGGAGGAGACAUUGCACGUCAGCUCACCGCAGAUGAAGUACGCUUGCUGAACCGUCCUUCUGCCUUUGAUGUUGGCUAUACUCUUGUACACUUGGCUAUACGUUUUCAGAGGCAAGAUAUGCUAGCAAUAUUGCUUACAGAGGUGUCUCAACAAGCAGCAAAGUGUAUUCCAGCAAUGGUGUGUCCUGAACUGACAGAACAAAUCCGGAGAGAGAUAGCUGCCUCUCUUCAUCAGAGAAAGGGGGAUUUUGCUUGCUAUUUUCUGACUGACCUUGUAACAUUUACAUUGCCAGCAGAUAUUGAAGAUUUGCCCCCAACAGUCCAAGAAAAAUUAUUUGAUGAGGUGCUUGAUAGAGACGUUCAAAAAGAAUUAGAAGAAGAAUCUCCAAUUAUUAACUGGUCCUUGGAAUUGGCUACACGUUUGGAUAGUCGACUGUAUGCACUUUGGAACCGGACUGCAGGAGACUGCCUACUUGAUUCAGUACUACAAGCUACCUGGGGCAUCUAUGACAAGGACUCGGUGCUUCGGAAAGCCCUGCAUGACAGCCUGCAUGACUGUUCACAUUGGUUUUACACACGCUGGAAAGAUUGGGAAUCAUGGUAUUCUCAGAGCUUUGGUUUACAUUUUUCCUUGAGAGAAGAACAGUGGCAAGAAGAUUGGGCAUUUAUACUCUCUCUUGCUAGUCAGCCUGGAGCAAGCUUGGAGCAGACGCACAUUUUUGUACUGGCACAUAUUCUUAGACGACCAAUUAUAGUUUAUGGAGUAAAAUAUUACAAGAGUUUCCGGGGAGAAACUUUAGGAUAUACUCGGUUUCAAGGUGUUUAUCUGCCUUUGUUGUGGGAACAGAGUUUUUGUUGGAAAAGUCCGAUUGCUCUGGGGUAUACGAGGGGCCACUUCUCUGCUUUGGUUGCUAUGGAAAAUGAUGGCUAUGGCAACCGAGGUGCUGGUGCUAAUCUCAAUACCGAUGAUGAUGUCACCAUCACAUUUUUGCCUCUGGUUGACAGUGAAAGGAAGCUACUCCAUGUGCACUUCCUUUCUGCUCAGGAGCUAGGUAAUGAGGAACAGCAAGAAAAACUGCUCAGGGAGUGGCUGGACUGCUGUGUGACGGAGGGGGGAGUUCUGGUUGCCAUGCAGAAGAGCUCUCGGCGGCGAAAUCACCCCCUGGUCACUCAGAUGGUAGAAAAAUGGCUUGACCGCUACCGACAGAUCCGGCCGUGUACAUCCCUGUCUGAUGGAGAGGAAGAUGAGGAUGAUGAAGAUGAAUGAAAAAAAAAAAAUCAAACAGCAGAAGACCAAGGCAUCAGAUCUGUAAUGACUCUAAAGUUAGUGUGGUGCUCCAAGCAGAGUCGACAUCGUGGAAUGAACCAAAUCUGGCAGGAUCUGCUCGGGGAAGUGUUUUCCUGGACCACACACACCUUAUGGAGAUAAUGCCUCUGCUGCGUGAGGGGACAGAGAACUUUAGUUGGACUACAGUUUGUAAAAAAACUAAUUUUAUUAAGACAGAACUUUUUUUCCUUUCAAAUUGUAAAUCUGUCUAUAAAUGUAACGCAUGUGGUUGUGUAAGAAAUUGUUUAAUAGGAAAAGUUGUACCAGCAUCUUCAUAUUAUUGAGAAAAUUUUUUCCAGCAUGGGCACUUAGAAAAAGCACAUGGCAAAUGGCUCUUUGUUCCUUUAAGAUAUUAUUUCAGUAGAACCUGGCAUUCUACUUUCACCUUAAAGGAUCCAUCUAAGUCUCAGAUCUGAAAACGUUUUGUACAGAUUAUCCACAGCAAAACAUAAAAAUAAGCUUUUAUUUUAUUAAUAAUUUAGUUCCUAUUGUGCCCAAUCAAAUCAAAUCUUUUAGGAACAAACUGCAAGAAAAGCUAAGAAUGUUUGAGUGAACUAAAUAUAGACAUUGCUUACUUGUUUUGAAGAGGGUUUUGGUUUUGGUUAUUCUGUCUUUAAGUUUUCUGUUAUGCCCCCUUUCGAUAUUUAGAUAUUUAUUUGUUGGGAAGAAUACCUUAAAAUGAGGGUUUUUAUUCCAGAUUCUGGGCAGUGGUCUGUGAGUAGUUUUUUUCCUGGAUGAAAAGGGAGCAAGCCCACUUGUCACUAAAUGAAUUGCAUGAAAUGUGCUCACUUGGACUCCGUCAACAAUGUGCUGCUCCCAGAUUGCCAUGCCAGAGGGUCUUUGGAUUCUUCCUUCUAUCACCUCUGCUCUAAGCAAAUCUUGUUAGAAGGGCAUGCCUUUGCUUAGGCAGAUUGGGAAUACCAAUUCACUACAGAAUAAAGAUUUUAAAAAUGCGAUAAGGUGGCAAAUGCAUUGUAUGAAGAAUUUCUCAGCGUUUAGUCUGAGAAUUUUUGCAUGUUGGUUAAUUGUGGCCAUUCUUAUUUAAAGUUAAAACUAUAAUCUUAGGUAGAAAAACUUUUUUAUAAGAAGUAUUAUUUGACCACUUCAGGUAUACAUUCAAUGCUGGGUAAAAAUUUCAGACCUAUCUCAGGAACACAGAAUAUUUGGUGUCCUGAUAAGCACUUUCUAGACUAUUGAUGUGGCCAGGAAUUUGGAAAGACGACACACACACACACACACACACACGUGUAUUUUUUUUCCUUCCCUGUGAUGAAAAAGGCUGUGAAAACCUUAAAGUAUUUGCUUGCUUCUUGUUUUGUUUAGUUGAUAAUGAAAUGUGUACAACCUCAAAUUUACUGCCAGAAUACUAAAAAUAGAAAAAUACCCACAAAA